AUACCUGGGUACGUGGAACCAUAGUGGUGACAGCGCUUCAGUUCCCACCCGGCUGGUAAACAUCAGCGCGCUCUGAAAAGGGAGCAGCGUGGAGCAUUAGCGGAGUGGUGGCUAACAGGUUUGCUCCCAGUAUGGAUAACACGACAGAAGGGACAUGGGAUAGUUUACCAGUUAAACUCAGCGACAGAAUUUUACAAACGCUCGGUGAACUGAAAUUCACACACAUGACACCUGUACAGUCAGCCUGUAUCCCGCUGUUCAUGAGUAACAAAGAUGUGGCUGCUGAGGCGGUGACUGGGAGUGGAAAGACGCUCGCUUUUGUGAUUCCUAUUAUUGAGCUGCUCCUGAAGAGAGAAGAAAAGCUGAAGAAGAUGCAGGUUGGUGCCAUGGUGAUCACUCCCACAAGAGAACUGGCCCUUCAGAUCAGCGAAGUGAUGGAGCACUUCCUCCAGAAGUUUCCACAGUUUACGCAGAUUUUACUGAUCGGUGGCAGUAACCCGAUAGAGGAUGUGGAGAAGUUCAAGGAUCAAGGGGCAAACAUCGUGAUCGCGACACCCGGCCGUCUGGAGGACUUGUUCAGGAGGAAGUCAGAGGGUCUGGACUUGGCCAAUUCAGUCAGGAGUCUCGACGUGCUGGUUCUCGAUGAGGCUGACAGGCUGCUCGACAUGGGCUUUGAGGCCAGUCUGAACACCAUCUUGAGCUACCUGCCUAAACAGAGGCGCACAGGCUUGUUCUCUGCCACUCAGACCCAGGAGCUGGAGAAGCUGGUGAGGGCCGGCCUCAGGAACCCAGUACGCAUCACAGUCAAAGAGAAGGGUGUGGCUGCCACCGCAGCCCAGAAAACCCCAUCUAGGCUGUCCAACUACUACACUAUAUGUAGAUCUGAGGACAAGUUCAACAACCUUGUGGCGUUUCUCAGGCAACACAAGCACGAGAAGCAUCUGGUCUUCUUUAGUACUUGCGCCUGCGUGGAGUACUACGGUCGAGCACUGGAGACGCUGGUCAAGAAGGUCACCGUCCGAUGCAUUCACGGCAAAAUGAAGCAUAAACGCAACAAGAUCUUUGCCGACUUUCGGACCCUGAAAAGUGGGAUCUUGGUGUGUACAGAUGUCAUGGCCAGAGGCAUCGAUAUCCCUGCUGUUAACUGGGUGCUGCAGUAUGAUCCCCCCAGCAGUGCCAGCGCGUUUGUGCACCGCUGUGGGCGGACAGCACGUAUCGGUAAUGAAGGCAACGCCCUGGUCUUUCUGCUGCCAAUGGAGGAAUCUUACGUCAGCUUCCUGUCCAUCAACCAGAAAUGCCCACUUCAGAGGAUGCCCCCUAUAGGAGAUGUUGUGGACGUGCUGCCCAAAGUGAAGGCCUUGGCUCUGGCGGACCGUGCCAUGUUUGACAGAGGGAUGAGGGCCUUUGUCUCGUACGUCCAGGCUUACGCUAAACAUGAAUGUAGCCUCAUCUUCAGAAUCAAAGAUCUGGACUUUGCCUCCUUAGCCCGUGGCUUCGCCCUCCUUCGCCUGCCAAAGAUGCCUGAACUGAAGGGGAAAAGGUUUCCUGACUUCACGGAGACGACGGUGGACACCAACACCAUCCGCUACAAGGACAAGCACAGGGAGAAGCAGAGACAGAAGAUGCUGGCUGAGCUGAAAGACAAGACUUCGUUUCCCAAAAAGAACUUCAUAAAGAACAAGGCCUGGUCCAAACAGAAGAACAAGAAGGAGCGCAAGAAAAAGAGGGCGGCCAAGAGGAAGUGUGAUGAGGGCUCCGACGUGGACGAGGAAGACAUGAAAGAGCUUUUAAAUGACACUCGCCUCCUCAAGAAGCUAAAGAAAGGCAAAAUCAGCGAGGAGGACUUUGAAAAACAGAUAACAAGCGGACAAAAGUCAAAACCGAGAACUGAAGGAGCGUCUCACAUCAGCUCAGAUGAACAGGACGUUUGACACAGCAGCUGUAUUUAACUUUGUUCACACAAACAGUUCAAUUAAAUUUCAAAGUACCCCUCAGA